UUUGUAAAUCUAAGAAUGGAGAAAUAUAAAUUUUUGGACGAGCUUGGUGAUGGAACAUGCGGCAGUGUAUAUAAAGCCGUAAAUAUUGAAACAUCUGAGAUUGUUGCUGUCAAGAAAAUGAAGAGAAAGUUUUAUUACUGGGAUGAAUGUGUAAACCUACGGGAAGUAAAGUCCCUCCGCAGAUUAAAUCAUCCUAACAUCAUAAAAUUGUUGGAGAUUGUCAGACAAAACAAUGAGCUUUUCUUCAUAUUCGAGUACAUGGAACACAACUUAUACCAAAUAAUGAAAGAUCAGCAAAGAUCUUUCUCAGAGGAAGAGAUUCGAGUUCUGAUGUCUCAGGUGCUGCAAGGACUUGCACAUGUCCAUAAACAUGGAUAUUUUCAUCGGGAUCUUAAACCUGAGAAUUUGCUGGUUACAAAUAACACAAUAAAGAUAGCUGACUUCGGACUGGCUAGAGAAUUGUCAUCUACGCCUCCUUAUACUGACUAUGUUUCUACUCGCUGGUAUCGAGCUCCAGAGGUAUUGUUGCAAUCUGCAUCCUAUACCCCUGCCAUUGAUAUGUGGGCAGUCGGGGCAAUACUGGCUGAGCUUUUCACUUCGGACCCGAUUUUUCCUGGGGAAAGUGAAAUUGAUCAACUAUACAAGAUAUGCUGUGUACUUGGGGCACCAGACUGGAAUACCUUCCCCGAGGCGACAAACAUUUCUCGAUUAGCUGAUAUCACUUAUUCAGAUAUCGUACCUGCUAAUCUUUCUCAAAUUAUUCCGUACGCAAGCUCAGAAGCAAUUGACUUGAUCAAGCAACUUUGUUCAUGGGAUCCGUUAAAGAGGCCAACUGCAGAUCAAUGCUUGCAACAUCCCUUUUUCCACGUUACCAAGUGGGUUCCUCGUUCUCCUGGAAAUACACUGGAACUAACUCUAGGAUCUGAACCCAAUCUUGAACUGAACCUGUGGGACUUUGGCACUUCAAAGGAUGAUUGUUAUCUUGGCUUGACGUUGGCAGUAAAACCCAGUGCUCCAAACUUGGAGACGUUCCACAAAAAUCAAGGUGCCAAAGAGGAUGUAAUGAUCUGCCCUGGUUUUAUUAAUCCUUCACAACAAUCAGUUUUGUGGUCGCUGUUUCCCACUAAUCACCACGCAAUAGCUUCUUCAGGGGAGCCUUCCCUAUCCCUGUCUUUCAGUUCACAUCCAAAUCCAUCAAUAGGGGGCCCACAAUCGGCAGGGUUUGCCAUGUCAUCGUUUCAGUCGAAUAUUUUAGAACGACCUUUACUGGCGGCGUCCUCCCCCUUCCCGCAGGGUCACUACCUCUGAGAUAUGCUGACGGUCUCUUUUUGUGAAGUUAUGAGGCAACAAACAAAAAGUGUUCAUAUUCAUUAUAAAUUUAUAAUAGUUCUAAACUUUGACCGCCCAUACAGUUAUUCACCUGUAAAGAGUUCAAAUUAAACCUUUUUUUUUCCGCUAACGAUGAUUCUGGGAUUCCCAACUGUCAUUACAGUUAUAGCUAAGCACACCGAUUAUUUUUAAGUGCGGAUCUUUCUGCACGAAAAAACGAUUUAAGUCAGAAAAUUUUAAGUUCGUUUUUGAAUUUU